CCAAAAAAAAAAAAAGAAAUAAAUAAAUUGCUUCCCCGUAUGAACUGAUAUCAUAUAUUGUGAUGGCUCAUUACAAGGCUUGGAGGCUUUGGGAUGAAGGAAAUUCUCUGAAGUUGCUAGAGUCAGCACUAGGGAAUGUUUCUGCAAAGGCUGAGGCAGAAAGAUGUAUACAGGUUGGGUUAUUGUGCAUUCAAGAAGAGCCAGAUAAAAGGCCUAGCAUUGCAUCAGUAUUGCUCAUGCUUAACACCCAACCUAUCACAAUUCCAUCACCUGUACGCCCUCCUGCUUUCCCUUAUCGUCUAGGAAAGAAAGCAGCUCCACGUGAAAGUUAUAGCAUUCAAGCAGAAUGUGAAAUCACUGAGUUGAAUCCUCGGUAAUAUGUAAAAGCAGAUGCAAGGUGGUUGGCAAACAAAAUCUUGUGAAUAGUAUCAAUUAAUUUAAGAGCUUAAAAAGCCACUAUAUAUUGGAUGUUUCCUUACAGAACUGCAGUUAUUGUUUAGUAC